AUGAGCCACUUUGGUAAUUAUCUGCUUCUCUAUUCUCUUAUUGCUGUAGACAUUUCGCUAUGUGUAGGAGCAGCCCGGCUCCCACUAUAUAUUUCACAACUACCUCCAACCUCUUCGAGUCCUGUAGGGUAUCUGGGCGAAGGUAGGCUCAAUAAUCUUACAUCACGUUUUUGCCUUAACAUUGCAGAGAAAAAGUUUAAUAAAACACAUCAAACCUUGCCUCUCACCAUCAGUACCGAAAAGCAACCGUAAUCAUUCCCCCGUGUCAUUCAGCAUGACAACACUUCACCAACCAUCGCCUUUGUUGAACGAUGGAACAAGAGGUGAAUAUGAAUAAAUACACAGCGCAUAGCCGCUGUCUUCACCUUUGAGGCCGAAAGGUUCAGCCAAUUCCUUCCACCGUUUAUCUUCUUCUGCAUUGACGAGAGCACCUGCACCAAUAACUCCUAACCUGAAGCCGGUUGAGCGGCCGUACUAGGCCACCACAAUUUGAACUUUACCAGAUGAUGAAAGAAGGCCGGGUUGGUUCAAGGUUGUCCACUUGUUGUAUGGGGUGGUGACGUUCAAUUUGGAGAGCUUUUUCUGCCGGUCGCUAAAGAUCGUCACCGUAAAACUCCAACUUAUUCCUCAACCGUCUCUCCAUGUCUUUGAACCUUUUCAUAAGCGAAAAAGGGAAUUGCAUCUCUAUCUAGUUGUCUUC